UUGCGCCUUCAUAAUGCUCCCAAACGAGGGGCCAGCUCCCUCGCUGCCGGCGCAGCUUCUUCACAGCAUAACCCGCCGCCGGCACAGGGUCUAUGGCCUCAUCGGCGGCGCCUUUGUGCUGCUCGCCGUCACCGUCUGGGUCUAUGGCGGUUUCGAGACGGGCAUAGACUUCUUCACGUCGGUACCACGCCCGGCGCCGCCACCACCGGUGCCGAAUCACGAUGCCUCGGCAAACCACGAUGCGAUAACAGCCACAACCCACGGCGCGAUUGACGUCAUGAGCGGCGCGCAUAGCUCUACCGCCGGCGCCAUUCCGGGCCCCACGCAGACAGAGACGCACGCGAACGAGCACCCGGUCCCUGAUCCGCCCCAGGAAACCAAUCCGCCGACGGAUGAUUGGCGGCAUUCGAACCACAGCCCUGCCGCCAGCGUCACGCCCGGUAUUCCGACCAAGAUCUGGCAGAUCCUGCUACCCAAGAAGCCAGACGACCGUAAAUGGAGGGCCGAUCCCAAGAGCCUCGAGGACACGGCCUCGUGGCUCGCCCUGAACACCGAUUACACUUACACGCUAGUGAGCCAAAAGGGCGGCGAGGAGCUCGUCCGUAAUCACUUCAGCAGCGACCCGCGCAUCAUGCAGGCCUACCACAACAUGCCCAACGUCGGCAUGAAGUCGGACCUCCUGCGCUACCUGCUCCUGGAGGCCGAGGGCGGCGUCUACACGGACACGGACACGAUCGCGCUGCAGCCCAUCGACAAGUGGGUGCCGGCCGACCUGCGCGGCAAGGUCGCCGUCGUCGUGGGCAUCGAGUUUGACCGGCUUGACGGCGUUGCGUGGGCCGACAUCAACCACUGGGUGCAGUUCUGCCAGUGGACCAUCGCGGCGGCGCCGGGCCACCCGCUGUUCCGCAAGAUGGUGGACCGUAUCAUCGCGUCGCUGGACGACCUAUCGGCGCUGCACAAAGUCCCCAUCCAAGACCUGAAGCCGAAAAGCUUCGAGGUUAUGAACUCGACGGGGCCCGCCGCGUUCACCGACGUCGUCUUUGAGCAGCUGCAGGAGUACAACUCGUCGCUGAAAGACACGCAGGAUUUGUCGGGCAUGACGGAGCCGCAGCUCAUUGGCGACAUCCUGGUGCUCCCCAUUGACGGGUUCGGCAUGGGCCAGCAGCACUCUCAUAGCACCAACGACGGGACCAUUCCUGAGUCAGCCCUGGUGAAGCACCGGUUCAACGGCGGCUGGAGAGGCGGGAAACGACGGAGGGGGGAGAAAUGGCGAGCCUGACACGAGCAAAACUGGGCGCGUGCUAUCAUGGUUGGAUAUGAUGAAAUAUUAACUGGCUAGAGGAUGUAUAUAUUGGGAUUGAUCAUUGCUGCAGUUCUGGAAUACUCGGAGUUUGAUUGCGCUUUUUUUGGACUAGGAUAUCUGGCAGUUCAAAUCUAGAUCAGUUGUCCUUGGAAUCGAUUGAUGAACAAAUCGAGCAGAGAAGUCUGCAAGAGAGGGGAAGAAAGACGGGGUCACACACUCUACGCACUACC